UGGAAAUAGAAAAGAUGGACUCCCUAAAGCGUUGUUGUACAGUGCAGUAUUCCCGAUGUGUUUAAAGUUUGGAAAGUAAAAACUGAGACGUGGAGAUAUGCGCUUAUACCCUUAUGACUGUCGCGUUCUUAGAGACAGUGAUUUGUACCGUUUGGCGACUUCAAAAUUCGUUUCGAAAUAGACGAGGCCGUGGGACUGAACUGUAGCCGCAGAAAUAUUUUAGAAACUGCCAUGGUUGUAUAGGUUUGCAUUGCUUUUAUCUGAAUAGUUUAGUCUAUAGUUGUUGUUUAUCUGUAUUUUUUCGCCUUUUCGUUGUAGGUUAGAAGAGAUGUUUCACUCUUAGACGUUAGGCAUAUACUUUUGGAGCGUAGUUUUAACCUAAUAUUUUAGAAAAUGUCACUAGAGUACGAGAGGCAUUAUGCCUCGCUAAAUUCAGAUUUGUGCAGCGAGUCAGUCCCCAACCCUAUUAGCCGUUCAACGUCGAGCACAUACAGCGCUGAGGAGGAAAAGUUACAUUACAUUCCUAUCCGGAUUCUUGGAAGAGGUGCAUUUGGUGAAGCCACUCUCUACAGACGAACAGAGGAUAACUCUCUGGUGGUUUGGAAGGAAGUGGAUUUGAACAACCUCUCAGAAAAGGAACGCAGAGAUGUCACGAAUGAAAUCAGCAUCCUGUCCAUCCUACAGCACAAUAACAUAAUAGCCUACUUCAAUCAUUUCAUGGACAAGAACACACUUCUCAUUGAGCUUGAGUACUGCAAUGGGGGAAAUCUGUAUGAUAAAAUCGUUCAACAGAAAGGGAAGCUGUUCAGUGAGGAGGUUGUCGUUUGGUACCUGUACCAGAUUGCGUCAGCAGUGUCUCACAUUCACAAAGUAGGGGUACUUCACAGGGAUAUCAAGACUCUUAAUAUCUUCCUGACAAAAACAAACCUCAUUAAGUUAGGUGAUUACGGACUGGCCAAGAAGCUUGACUCCCAGUUUGCCAUGGCUGAGACUUGUGUUGGAACCCCGUACUACAUGUCUCCUGAACUGUGCCAGGGUGUGAAAUACAACUUUAAAUCUGACAUCUGGGCCAUGGGCUGUGUCCUGUUUGAAGUGCUAACCCUCACCAGAACAUUCGAUGCGACGAACCCUCUGAACCUGUGUGUGAAGAUAGUUCAGGGAAACUGGACCAUGGACGUGAACCCUGAUCUUUAUUCCUCAGCGUUGAUCAAGCUGGUGUACGAGUGCCUGGAUCAGGAUCCGGAGAAGAGACCAACAUCUGACCAGAUUCUUGACCAGCCAAUCAUAUCCUGCUGCAGACAGGAGCUGGAGGAGAGAGUUAUCUUGCUAAACUCAGCGAUGAAGAAACCAAAGUUGAGCAACGGGACAGAAAGUCCCAUCGCCGUGGUGACCACACGCUCCAGAGAAGUGUAUUUCUGGGGUGGAGGGAAAUUCACUCCCCAGAAACUGGAUGCAUUCAAAGGGGGCAGCAGUGCUCAGCAUGUGUGUGCAGGAGAGAACCACUUUGCUGUGGUCACAGUGGAGAAAGAGCUGUACACCUGGGCUAAUGUCCAGGGUGGAACCAAGAUGGUGGGCCAGUUGGGUCAUGGGGACCAGGCCUCGUACCGGCAGCCCCGCAAGGUUGAGAGGCUCCAGGGCAAGGCCGUCCGCCAGGUGGCCUGUGGGGCGGACUUCACCGCCUGCGUCAGCGACGAGGACCAGAUGUACAUGUUCGGGUCGGACUACUACGGCUGUAUCGGGGUGGAGAACGUGCUGGGCAUGGAGGUGCUGGAGCCGGUUCUGCUGGAGUUCUUUGAGGAGCGUCCGGUGCGGCAGGUGUCCUGUGGAGACAACCAUGUGGUAGUGCUUACCCAGAGCGGAGACAUCUACUCGUGGGGUUGUGGAGAGCAUGGGCGUCUUGGCUUGGACUGUGAGGAUGACUUCAGCUCUCCUAUGCAAGUGGAGACCCCUAAAGGAGCCACCAUCUCCACGGUGUCCUGCGGCUGCGACGGAACCUUCUUCCUGACAGAGUCUGGCAAGGUGCUGGCCUGUGGGAGCAACGAGCUGAACAAGCUGGGUCUGAACCAGGGUUUCUCCGGUCUCAAGAACCACCCUGGAGAGCAAGGUUACCAAGGGAUACCCUACACCACCACUCUCACUCUGGUCAAGCAGCUGGCCAGGUUUAAGAUCCAGGCCAUCUCUCCUGGGAGAAGCCACACAGGAGCUAUCGAUGAGCGCGGGCGACUGAUCACCUUUGGGUGUAACAAGUACGGCCAGCUGGGAGUGAAAGACUUUAAGAAGCACCAGGGGGUCCAGCUGCUGGUGGGACCGUUCGGGGGAAAGUUGGUCAGCAAGGUUUCCUGUGGAGAUGGCUUCACCAUCGCUGCUACUGAGGACAAUCAGAUCUUUGCCUGGGGAAAUGCAGGAAAUGGCCGCCUGGGAAUGCCCCCCGAUAAGGGCUUUGGUUCGGAGGUGUGCCCCGCCUUACCCAGACCCAUCUUUGGUUCUCUCCACCACGUACCAGACCUGUCCUGUCGUGGCUGGCACACCAUACUGAUCAUGGAGAAGGUCCUCAACUCUAAGACCAUCCGUUCCAACAGUAGUGGACUUUCUAUCGGUAGUGGGCUGGGCCCAGUCUCCAGCUCCACAGUGGAUCUGGACAUGGAGCCAGGUGCAGAGACCGGGGUGCGUGACGCCGGUCUGGGGGGCACGGUGGAGGCAGACACGGAGGAGCGCCGCAUGGAGACCUCGGAGAUGCCCCUGGGGAACCAGACUGGAGACAGCUCCUGCCCAUUCUGGCUGCGCAAGGAGCUUCAGGAUGCUGAAUUCAUACCCAUGCCGGAUGAUUCCAGAGGCUCUGUCCCUAAUCCGCUGGCUCCGUCCUACUCUGAGAGUGUCACUCUGCCGUACGAGGAGCUGCAGGAGUUAAAGGCUGCAGCUGCAGCUGCUGCCACUGGGAAAGCUCUCUCGACCGCACGCAUGGGCUGUGACAAGGCCGGGCUGGAGGAGGGAGGGGCUUGUAAGAAAGGAGAUGCCGUUUCGUGUUGCAGAGCCAGUAGUGAGAUUGCGCAGCUGAGAGAGACUGUCAGCCAUCAGGAGACGAUAAUCCAGAGACUGCAGAAACAGUUCAGUGACCAACUCAGCGAGAAUGAGAGGCUCUGGAUGGCUAUCAACCAAAUGACCCUGAAAGAAGCAGUGUCUGAAAACCACCAAUCUGGCCCUGGGCCUGCAGAGGCAGGAGUGGGAGGCAGCCAGAGCCCAGAGGACAGACCUGCUGGGGCGGGUACGUGAGGGACGCCCGCUGCUGUUCUACUGUGUUUGGAGGGACUGUGGCUCUGCACGCCCCGACCUAUAGAUGGAAUUAUCCAGACUCAGAUCAGGAUAAGAGGACUAUAUUAUCUAUCAGCUCCUUCUGAUAGGAAAUGUGUCCGUUGCAGGCCAUUAUCCAUGUUAGCAGGCCGUCAGGGGGAGAUGAGAGGAAUUACAAGUGGGACGGAAGUUCAAAACCUCUGCUGUCCUCAUUGAAACAGCUUUUGCUUAAUUAGUCGUGGCCAUUGGGGAUUGAAGGUUGCAGAAUUUAUAUCAAUCCGGGUUGAACAACAAUAUAGUAUUUGUGGUUUUCUGUCUGCAUGAUCAUGCUGUGUUUGAAUAGAUAGAAAUAUUGCUUUUACUCCACGUUGAAAGAUACUUGCAGGCAUGAUAAAUGUCAGUAAAGCUGCAUCGGUUUUAUAGACAGACUCAAAUACUGGUAGGAUUCAACAUGCUAAAUGACUAAAUGUUUUGAAAAAAAUGACUAAAUGUAACAUCAGGAACCCAGUUAUUAACAGUGUUAAACCAGUCAAUGCCUUGGUUUUAAUGUUGGCUCGAACUGUCAACAAAGGUCUACAUAACAUUGUAGCCCUCAUAACCAUGGAUAUAUCCAAUCACAUUUAAUAUCACAUUAUAAGGUGCGUCAUAUAUAUUGUAUUAUAAACAUAUAUUGUACCUGUGUGUAUGGUGUGGUAUAUUGUACUGUUUUUCAGCUGUGGUUAUCAGCAAAAAAGGCAGAUCAAUCAGGUCAACAUCUGUUUCCAAUGUGAAUCUAAAAACAAGUAUAUAUUUUUUAUUCUUUAUCUUGCACUUUUGAUGUUUUCCAAAGGCUAAAUACCAAACAAAAAGAGUAUACCAAAUAUACCUUAGUCGACUUACCCUUUUAAAUGUAAUGUACCACGGACGUUUUGUUGUAUCAUGAGUGUAUGGAAGAAAGUAAUGAGCAGAAAAUGCUAAUGGUAAAUGUAUGACGUUGCUAUUGAUGUCACUAAACUACUGAUGCAAUAACAAUUUAAAAUAGAAUAUGUAAGUUUCCCUUCUAAAGACAUGUUAUUAUUAUGGUAAACUGUGUCAUAUUUUUUAUCAGUUUUGUUGUUCCUGUUAUUAAGGCGUUACAAUCUUUUUAUUUUGGAUGUGUGAGACGCUAUAGCGAGUUGUGUAGUCAUCUAAAACAAAACGGCUAAUAAGUUCACAACUUUGUGGGUUAGUGUGUGGUCAAAUUGCACCGAUUAACACUGAUGGAACUUUAUAUAUCAAUGCAAGUAAAAAAUGAUGUAUUAAUCUAAAACCAAAGAUGGAUUGUACACAAAUCCUAAUUUGUGUACAAAUUAAGACUCCUAAGACUGUUCCCUUCGCCAUACAUACAAUGUUUGUUGUUCCAUUUCUACAUAUUCAGCCCAUACUGUAUUUCUAGAGGCUUCCUAUCUGUAAUGUAUUGAGGUAACAAUGUGUCCAAAAAUAUUGUGUGCAAGAUGUUACAGUGACCUUAUUUGCUGCCAUCCAAAGAUGCACCUUUACUUCAUGCUUUGUGUUAAGAAUAAAUCAGCAAAACCACCAUUGCUGUCUGAUUACUUCU